AUGAAGAAGCAUAUAGAGAAUGACUAUGUCAUUAGGUUUCUAAAAGGGCUGAAUGAGAAUUUUGGAACAAUAAAAUCUCAGAUAUUGUUGAUGGAUCCUCUUCCUCCAGUCAACAAAGUUUUCUCUCUGGCAGUUCAACAUGAAAGACAAUCAAAUGUUGCUGUUCUUAUUAACAUUGAACCUAAUGUCUUCUAUGCUAAGGCAUCUACAGGAAAUGGGAUUUUGCCAAAUCCAUAUGUUGGAAAUGCAGGACACAAUGCUGGUAAUGUUGGUAAUGCAGGAUCUUCAAAUUCUGGAUACAUGAAGAAAAGUUUUAAUACUGGUCAAAAGAAGUACUACAAUCAAAGUGGUAUGAAGUGUACUUAUUGUGGAUUAACCAAUCACACAAUUGAUAAGUGCUACAGAAAACAUGGAUAUCCACCAGGCUUUCAAUCAAAGUCAAAGCAGGCCAUGAGUUAUGCUAAUCAAGUUGAAUCUGUUACUUCUGAAAAUACAGAUAAUAUGAAUGCAGGCAUGCAUAAUUUGACAGUUGAUGAUAAUGCAAUGAUCCAGAUAACACCUGCAGAAUAUGAAAGUUUGAAACAACAAGCUCAAAAUUUCAUUUCCAGCAAUCAACCUCAGUCUCAUCACCUCAACACAAUUUCUACUUCUUUCAAGCCUAUUCCAGAUGAAACAGGUAAAUUAAGAUUAAUAUGUUCUGUCUAUACUCAUUUGCAUAAAAACACAUGGAUUGUUGAUUCAGGAGCAACAGAUAAUAUCAUUUGCUCUCUAUCUAGUUUUCAUACAUAUAAAAAGGUUUCAAAUGUGUUUGUGCAUUUACCAAAUGGUCAAAAAAUUCAAGUUGAACAUAUAGGAACAAUUUAUCUUUCAAAGACCUUUGUUCUUUCUAAUGCCUUACAUAUUCCAAACUUCUCCUUCAAUCUUAUCUCAACAAGUCAAUUGACAAAUACCAAAAGACACUAUGUUCUCUUAUAUUACAAUCACUGCUUUAUCCAGGAUCUUCAAACAUCGAAGAUAAUUGGUUUAGCUAAGAAGGUUGAUGGUCUUUAUCACUUGGUUCAACCCCAAAUUACUGCUGAUGAUUCUUCUGUGAAGAUAGCAGCUUCUACUUUCAAUCUGCCAGUUGGUAAUUCUCAACUUUGGCACUAUAGACUUGGACAUUUAUCAACUCCAAGAUUAUAG